AUGACAAUAACGCAGGUACAGAUCUUUAUUGUUUUUAUACUUUUCGGGCGUCUAGUUGUUGGAGAUAUUCGAUAUUCAAUUCCAGAAGAGAUGGUGAAGGGGUCUUUCGUGGGUGAUAUUGCAAAAGAUCUGGGAUUAGAAAAUAAAAGACUUAAAACGGGCAGUGCUCGCAUUUUUCACGAAGGAGGCUCACAAUACAUCGAGCUAAAUGUUAAUAAAGGCAUUUUACUGGUUAAAGAGAGGAUGGACAGAGAAAUAUUGUGCGGAAAAAUGACAGCUUGCCUAUUAAAUUUUCAGGUUAUUUUAGAAAAUCCAUUGGAAUUUCAUCGUGUUAUUAUAGAAAUUACUGAUGUUAAUGAUAACGACCCCACAUUUCUAAAUAAUAAAAUGAAUCUAGAAAUCAGCGAGUCUUCAUUCCAAGAUACCUGGUUUUCACUGCCUAGUGCUGUAGAUCCCGAUGUGGGUGUUAACACAAUAAAAUCAUACACCCUCAAGCCUACGGAUCAUUUUAAUUUAAAAUUACACACGCAGUCUGAUGGUGGCACUUCGAUUGAUUUGAUUUUGAAAAAGCCUUUAGACCGAGAAACGCAAGAAGAGCAUGUUUUGCUUUUAAGUGCAGUUGAUGGUGGGGACCCACAGCGAUCUGGCACUGUCGAAAUACACAUUACUGUACUCGAUGCCAAUGACAAUGCUCCUGUUUUUACUCAGCAAGUGUAUAAAACUUCUGUAUCAGAGAACACAUUGAUCGGUUCUGUGAUUAUCAGGGUUAAUGCCACAGAUGCAGACAAAGAGAAGAACGGACAAAUAAUGUACUAUACACACGUCACUGAUGUUGCCAAAGAAUUAUUUAAAUUAGAUUCACAUUCAGGUGAAAUUACUAUAGCAGGGCAAAUAGAUUACGAAGAAAAUAAAUUAUAUGAAAUGACAGUGCAAGCCAAAGACAAUGGUGGUCUUGUAGGUUCCAGUAAAGUAAUAAUAGAAGUCAAAGAUCUGAAUGACAAUGUCCCUUUUAUGAACAUGAUGUCAGUUUCAAAUCAGAUAUCUGAAGAUGCAUUGCCGGGAACAGCAGUAGCCGUUUUCAAUGUUCACGACAGAGAUUCAGGAAAAAAUGCUGAAGUUAACUGUUACAUUGACAACAAAGUUCCAUUCAAAUUGAAAUUAUCAACACGUAAUGUGUACAGCUUAGAAACAGACGGAUUACUGGAUCGUGAAAAAAUAGCAUACUAUAAUAUCACUAUUGUAGCAAAAGAUGAAGGUAAACCUUCACUGUCAUCUAAUUAUACAAUUAAACUGGAAGUAAAGGAUGUCAAUGACAAUCCACCGAGAUUUGAAGAACAAUUUUAUACUGUUUAUAUCAUGGAAAACAACUCACCUGGGGUCUCAUUUUUUAGUUUACAAGCAAGAGACAAUGACGCUGGGAUCAACAGUAAAAUUUCAUACUUCAUUCAAGAAACCCGCGUUCAUAACGCAUCAAUGUCUUCUUAUGUGUCUGUUAAUGCUGAAGAUGGUGUCAUCUAUGCUAUCCGCUCUUUCGAUUAUGAACAACUGAAGCAUUUCCAAGUCUCAGUUACAGCUAAAGACAGUGGAACUCCAUCUCUAAGCACCAGCGCAAUUAUUGACGUGUUUAUUCAAGAUCAGAAUGAUAAUCCUCCUCAGAUUUUGUACCCGACACAAAAUAAAGGCUCCAUGAUAGCUGAAAUCGUACCUCGCUCUGCAGAAGUUGGCUAUCUCGUUUCCAAGGCUGUUGCUGUAGACAUGGAUUCUGGGCAGAAUGCUUGGCUUUUGUAUAGGAUUGUGAAACCAGCUGACCAGACACUUUUUGAAAUUGGUUUACAUAACGGAGAACUGAGAACACUUCGUCAAAUUAACGACAAAGAUAAUACAAAGCAGCGAUUAACAAUUUCAGUAGAGGACAGUGGACAGCCUUCUCAUGCAGCCACGAUUCAUAUGAACAUUGCACUUUCUGAGAGCAUUAACCAGGCAUAUUCAGAAUUUAAUGAUUUCAUUAAGGACAGUAAAAGCGACGAUAAUCUUACUUUUUUUCUUGUACUUGCUUUGGCAAUCGUCUCCCUUAUUUUUAUCCUCUUCAUCGUAAUUCUAAUGGCCUUCAAAUUCAGUGCAUGGAAGCGCUCCAAACUCUUAAAUGAAAUGUCAAAUGGAACUCUGCCAGUUAUUCCGUUUUACCCGCCUAGGUAUGCAGACGUGAGCGCAACAGGGACGCUUCAACAUGUCUACAAUUACGAAGUUUGCCUAACUACGGAUUCUGGGAAUAGCGAAUUUAAGUAUAUAAAGCCUUUCAUACAGAAAGUUGACGCUGAUCCGAAUGGAACUGAGACAAUCCCCCACAAUACGAAAAAGGAUUUAAUAAUUGAUGAAGAAUUCACUCAGGUAAGCAUCCGAGAUACAGGCUUUACUUUAGUUUCAAAAAGCUGA